AAAGGAAACUUUCAAAGUAAAAUUUUCAAACUCAACCCUCCUAAUGAUACGAAGGCUGCCACGAAAAGGUAGGAAUUUUUGAACUUACUAAAAUACAUCAUUCUUGCGUUCGCCCGUCAUUCAUUCGUUUAUUUCUAUGGAAUAGAUUUAAGAUUUUGUCAAUAAUAAGACAGUAUUUGCCAUGGAUUAUUAUACUCUGGAUAAGAAACUCUAUAACAAACGUACUUGCAGGAAGGUGCGUCCAGGAUUGAUGCACCGAGGGGGGCUGCGAAAUCACCAAAAAAACCAGGAGUCACCCGAAAAAGUUCUUUAAAGUUUAGGUUUAUAUGCUAAAUCCGCCAUUGUUAUUGAUGCGGACGGCAACAUAAGCAGUUUUAUCGCGAGUGAGUUUGGCGAAUGGCAGGUGAGUUAGAAAAAAAAUUCACCUGCUCGGAACCAAUCAGAAAGCCGCUUUUAGCGUGGGACAAGUGUUCAGGGAGUAGGCAUGAUAAUAUUUUCAGCGUGCCGAUGGCGUCCCAACCUUAUUAAAAAUUAGCGACCUUAAGGCUGAUUUCCACUGUUGCGUUUUUCAUACGUACGUAACGUAAAACUUUAAAUCCGUUUAAAUGUUACUUAUGAAAUAACCAAAUAAAUAAAGCAACAGAAUUUAGUGUUCCGCAAGUUUUAGUAUGCAUUUGUUAACUUAUUUGUAAAAUAUUUUAAAAAUAGAACGAUUCAAAGUUUUACGUGCGUACGAAAAACGCAACAGUGGAAAUCAGUCUUUAAGCAUGUAGGACGCGAACGCGACGGCGACGAUAAACAAACUUUGAACCAAAUGAUUGCAGAAGAAACCUGUCGUCUUUUAUCUAUCUUAUGAAAAAUAAUACAAUUUAAGGAUUCAGAUUAAACUUACAGGGUUUAUGAUUGAGAAAAGUUCUGAGACCCAAUUGAAAGUAUCAGUUGUAUCAGCUUGAAAUGUAAGCGUUGUAUACAAGACAUGAUGAUAAUCUGUAUUUUGCUGUCGUAAAAAGAGCGACGUCUAAAACUUGCGUGGGAUUUUAAUUGUUAAUUUCUGCUCAUUUUCUUGUAUUAUCCUGCUCGUUGAAGUUUUUAAUAACAGUAGUUCUUUAUGAUUAUAAAAAUGUAAAAUUUUAUAAGCUUGCUUUAGUUCGCUAUUAUGACAUCACUAAAUCCAAAAUAAUUCCACGCUUAGCAAUAAUAUAGUUGAGUAUUUUAGUAAAAAAAACACACGGUAAUACAACCAUAGAAUACACUAUACGAUGGAAUAUAUUGUCGGUCAUUUUCGGGGAACAUGCAUUAGACGGUGAAUACAAACUUCAGUUAUAUUUGCGACGCCAAUUUCUUGAUUAAGAAAAUUCAAAGUAGAGAAACUGAAACAAAGACGAACAACAAUUUCCUCUAAUACAGACAGGUUUAAAAGACAAUGAAACCAUUUUAAUUUCAAUAUAACUACUUGAAUGCGAGAAAUAUAGGAAAAUGGAACAAAAAAGCAGUAAACUAAAUUUACUAUAUUCGUUGAAUUCGUGACAUCACAAAUUUCAAAUAGGUCACGUUUGCUGCCGUCUGCUGUCUCUUAUCCAGACAGUCUUUUAACUAUCCAUGAUAAUUACCAACUGAUGUAGCCUGAAAAUCAGACCUGGAGAAAGUAUUUAAUGUUCCUCGCAUCCAAUGUUCUUCAAAAGUGCAUAAAAACAAUAGAAAAUUUGACCGUACAUUACGCCAUCAUGUAUGGAACAACAAAGUAUACUCGACUCUAAUGAUAUAAUGUCUCAAAUGACACAAGUAUGAUAUAAUGAUUCGUUAAGAUUCUCCCCUAACGUGUGUGUGAGAGAUUGAAAAUGUUCCUCGAUCCUCUUGCUAUCGCAAUUGUUCCUCAGAAUACCAAGAUCGAAAAUUUGACCGUACAUUACGCCAUCAUGUAUGGAACAACAAAGUAUACUCGACUCUAAUGAUAUAAUGUCUCAAAUGACACAAGUAUGAUAUAAUGAUUCGUUAAGAUUCUCCCCUAACGUGUGUGUGAGAGAUUGAAAAUGUUCCUCGAUCCUCUUGCUAUCGCAAUUGUUCCUCAGAAUACCAAGAUCGAAUUUUUUCCUAAGUCCGCUGUAAAUGUAGUUGGGAAAUUGUUUUGUACUUAAACAUGUUCUUAUCAUUCAUUUAGAAAAUAUGUUCGAUCGACUAGUUCGCCAGCUGCAAUUAAGAAAAAGGAACGAAAAGAGGCUCUGGAAUUGUCGUACAAGAAGCAAG